AUGGGAAAAGGCUUAUUUCCUUCUGCCAAGAGAACCUCAGAUUGGCAUAACGAGGGCGACGACUUCAUCUUGCCCACUCUCUCAGUCACCAAACGAGAGCUUGCGCCAUGGAUCAUGGAAGCUGUUUGUCUCCCAUCACUUGGUAUGCCGCAGGAUGCGUUUACCUUGGUUCUCGAUGGCAACCCACGGCCUGAUCUCGCAUCUGAAAUCUUUGCAGUCGCGCAGCAGGACGCGUCAUGGCAAAUGGCAUUUGAACGCAGUAAUGCUUGGCUAUCAUCCUCUCAUGAGGAGGCACGGCGGAGUGCGAGCUAUAUCAUGGACGGUUUUCCAAAAGCGAUUCAUAAUAUCGUAGAUGGGACUUCACUGGCCAAGUGCAACUUACGCCCGCUCCCCAAUUAUGGUCCAGAUGGUUCGCCGAAUCCAGAGAUUGAUCAGUCGCUGUAUACCAAUCCGCAGUGGCCGCUGUUCCAGUACACUACGCACUGGUACUUUCACAGUGUGAAAGAGUUUGAAGUGCGAACGCGGAAGCCAGAUUGGCUCGACAUGCGCCGUAUCGCUUGGGAGUGA